UGCGUAACUGCUAAAAUGAGAACAGGUAAGACCUGUUCCACUCUUGCUGCAGACAAGAACACUACAGGACAUCAGGAGUCUGGAGGAGGCACAGACACCAUGGCAACUACCUCAACUCAACAAAAGAAUGUGGAGUUUGUGCGGACCGGCUAUGGCAAAAACCUUGUCAAGGUGUUGUAUAUCAGACGAGAGGGGACUCACCACUACAUCACUGAGCUGACAGCUAAUGUGGAGCUCACCCUCAAGUCUCGCAAGGACUACUUGACCGGUGACAACUCGGACAUCAUCCCCACUGACACUGUCAAGAACACGGUCCAUGCACUGGCUAAGCUGAAGGGAGUUUUGACCAUAGAGCAGUUUGCCAUGGACAUCAGCGAACAUUUCCUGACAGCUUUCAAACAUGUGACCAGGGUAAACGUGAAGAUUGAGGAGGCACCAUGGAGGAGACUGGAGAAGAAUGGUGUCGAGCAUGCACAUGCAUUCAUCUACAGCCCUGAAUCCUGCCGCUUCUGUGAAGUCGAACAAAAUCUUAAUGAGAGCCCUGUUCUUCACAGUGGCGUGAAGAACAUGAAGGUGCUGAAGACCACUCAGUCUGGCUUCGAGGGCUUCUUCCGAGACCACUUCACCACUCUACAGGAGGCCAAGGACAGGUGUUUCUGUACCUCUGUCUACGCCAGGUGGCGCUACAACAAGGUCCAGAAUGUCGACUUUGACAGCGCAUGGAACUCUGUCAAGGAGUCAAUAAUUGAGAAGUUUGCUGGCCCAUACGAUCGUGGAGAGUACUCUCCCUCUGUGCAGAAAACCCUCUACGACACACAGGUCAUAGUCCUGGAUAGGGUGCCAGAGGUUGAAGAGAUCGAGAUAGUCAUGCCUAACCAACAUUAUUUCACCAUUGACAUGACGAAAAUGGGUCUCACCAACAACAAUGAAGUUCUUCUGCCAUUGGACAAUCCUUCAGGGAACAUCACGGGCACAGUACGCAGGAAGCCGCAAGCAAAGCUAUGAAAAUGAACACAAAUCUACCCGAAAAUACUUUAAUCACAGUCAGAACAAAACCAUAAUUAAUGUCCCAUCGGUUAAGAUCUCUCCAAACAUAACAUACUGAUAAAUCUACAGGGUCGUAUUCAUUAGGCACCAAAUGGAACCUAACGUGUCCAACAAGAAACACUUUCUUUCUCCGUAGCAAUUUUUGUCCCAUUGCAUGCCCUAAUGAACACUACCCAGGCACAUGUUAAGUCAAGUAAAACAUGUAUAAAGCUGUAUCCUUGCCAAAAAUAUCACUUUCCUGAAAUUACAAAUAGCUACAGUAGUAGAUGUCUGAAUGGCUUACAUAAUUCCAUGAGGACAAGUUUGUUCAUGUUCUCCAAUUAAGAAUUUCAAGUGUAGCAAGUGAUUCACCUCUGAUCCAUGAUAAACUGGAAAGUAAAUGGUUAAAUCAUACCCUAAAGAUGAGUCAAGGUGAAACUUUUGGUUUACACCAAUUACAAUUAAUCAAAUAAUUGUACGUGCAAUUACAUAUAAUUCAUAUUUUAUAAGACAACUAUAUAUAACGACUUUAUAUAAUUUCUGCUCUGUAUGUAAUUGUAUCUCUUUAAACUGUUUGGAUUGUUGUAACACAGGGCACCAUUGAAAAAGAGACCCUGGGCUCAAUUUGGGAUUAUCUGUAUAAAUAAAGGUACAAAGAAAAGGAGUGCACAAUCAUAGCAACACACUCUACGAAAUAAAAAUGUUGAUAAAUAUAAUAAAUCUCUGUAGAAAAUGAACCUAGAAUAUUCUACCAAUUAUAAAGACCUGCAAUAAUUAGCAGGUGCCCCUCUCUAACAACACCGCUACAACAUAUUUCAAUUGGAGAAGUUUUUAAAUGGCAAAAUCAAAGUAUUGUUACUAACUACUACAGAAAAAAUACAGCUGGCUGUUGAAUAAACAAAUCAACUACCACA